CAUGAAUGCAGUGUGUGUGUGUUUUGAAACAAAAAUAUAGAUGGCAUGAGCUUUUUCGUAAGGUCGCAGCGCACCGUCGACUGUUGAUGACGUACAUUGUUUGAUCCUCUCACGCGGAAGCGGAACCCAGUUGAAGUGAUAUUUCGUAGAAAUGUCUGAGGGAAGAGACAACGGCGUGAAAGCUCGAGUGAUUCUCCAGCAGUGUCUGCACGCGCGACUACAGGUCAAACCUCCAGAGGCUGAGAGUGAGGCUCAAUGGGUUGAGAUUAAUAGGGGAAUGGUUAUCUACAUCUGCUUUUUCAAAGGUGCAACUGAAGAUGUAAUCCCCAAAAUGGUGAACACACUGCUGAACAUGAAGCUUUGUGAGACGGAGUCUGGAAAGUAUACCUCAGUCCUUCAGCUACCAGCCAGCGUUCUCAUAGUACCGCAAGCUACUCUUGGAGGAAAACCAAAAGGAAAAGGGAUGCAAUACCACGGCAACAUUGGGAAGGAUGAAGGCUUGAAGCUCUAUGACAGCUUUGUGUCUCAUUGUCAAAAUGAACUCGCGGCCUGCAAGAAUAGUGACACUGUUCCGGAGGUCAGACACGGAACGUAUGGGAACAGACAAGUCCUGAAGCUGGAUACAAAUGGACCUUAUACUCAUCUAAUGGAGUUUUGAGAAUAAUACCAUUUUUGUUUGGAGAUCAGUAAUAUAUUGUUAUAUGAAGGACAUUGAUCUGUGAGCGUCAUGCAGAAGCAUGAAAAUACUGCUAAUACACAUUUUUAGCUGCGUUCCUAAUUAAAAUAUAUAAUGCAUA